CCGAAGGUACUAGUCGCGUCGACGCCCGUCUGGCCUUCGGUUCAACCUCCGAAUAGUACGCUCAACUUUACAAUGUACAAUAACUCGCGACACCAUUUAGUGAAACAGACCAAAAGUGACUGAUGUAAUGAUUAUCUUGACUAACUUCUAGUAACUAGUAGCCAAACUUUACUGGAUUUGUUUCGUGAUUAUGAGAUGUGAUUAUUGAUAAUUAGCAAUUCUGAUGGUGUUGGGCGAUGGAUGCGCGCGGUGGGCGCUGCAGAAGGCGGCGCUGGUGGCGUGCCUGCUGGUGGGUGCGUUGGCGCCAGAACGGCUGGAGCCCUGCGCCGGCAGCCCACUGUGCUCAUGCCGUGCAGCACAUAUGUCCUGCAUCGCUGUACCAUUCCACAGGUUUCCAGAAUGGCCGCGCAUAGAACUCCAACAUCUAGACAUCAGUAUGUCAAAUUUGGAAAUUAUAUCAGAAAGUGCUCUGGAUGGAUUACGUCUACAGACUUUAGUUUUAGUAGCUAACAAAUUACAUUACAUCGAACUUCACGCAUUUAGCUCAAUGGCUAUUACGUUAGCCUCUCUAGAUCUUGGAUAUAAUGAAUUUACUGACAUACCACAGCAAGGAUUGAGAGACUUAAAAGUUUUAAACUGGUUAAAUCUACAGAACAACAAUAUUGCUCAGCUUGGACCUGAAAUUCGAUGGCAUCACUUAGAAGAAACUUUAACAAGUCUGUCAUUAAGUAAUAAUCAAAUAACACAUUUGAAAUCACAAGCACUGACUACUUUAUAUCACUUAUUACAGUUAGAUUUAGAAGGAAAUCACUUACGAAGCAUUAGCGCAGAUUCAUUGCCAACCACAUUGUCAAUCCUAAAGUUAUCAAAUAACUUCCUUCAUGAACUAUCCUGUGAUUUACUUCAUAACCUUCCCAGAUUACAAUCCGUUCAUUUGCGUCAUAAUUUAGUUAGAUUCAGCAGUAAUUAUUCUUGUUCUAAUACUAAAAAUAAAAAGAUUGAAAAGUUAGACUUAAGUAAUAACAAAAUUAAUGAUUCUUCGGAGAUACUUGUGCUCCAAGAAGUUCAAAUUAGACAAAUUAUUCUAGACCUUAAUGAAUUAACUUUCAUCCCACGAUUGGUGUUCACAAAUAAUAGAGUCGAACGGCUGUCUAUUUCGUACAACAAACUGUCUUCUAUUUACCGAGAAGUAUUCUUGUUAUUAAAAAAUUCACUCGAGCAUCUAGAAGUGGAACACAACAAAUUGUCCCACUUGCCGGACACUUUGGCUCAGGUCAUACGACUACGCCAUUUAUCUUUAGCUUACAACCAGUUGGAGGAGUCACCCCCUCUCCCCGCUCGAAUUCAGACGCUCUCACUUGCGGGCAACUUUUUAACUUCAAUACCCUCUGCACUACAAACGCUGGAACCGGGAUCCAUUCGUUAUCUUGACUUAAGCUACAACAGGAUAUCUAAUUUGUUACCCAACGAAUUUCUAGACUGGUCCACUUCCCUUGGGACUAUCAACUUAAGAGGUAACAGGAUUGCACAGAUUUAUAAGAACGUUUUUCCGCCAACCAUGCCAGUUAAAGAGAUUAAUUUGAGCUUCAAUGAUUUAUACUACAUACACCCACAGUCGUUCUCAAAUGUUUCUAGCUCUUUGCAUGUAUUAGAAUCGUCUUCGACUCUAUGUAGUAGCUAUUUUCCCUUUGAAAUUGAAGAGGGUUUAGAAAAUCUCAGUUGGCUCUCGUUUGAUAAUAAUGAUUUUCAUAUCCUUAAAUUAUCAGAUCUUACAACGUUUCCGUACUUAAAGUAUUUAAAUUUAGAUUAUAAUCGUAUUAUAGACAUUAUUUUGGGUGACGACUAUCAAAAUAUUUCCCUACCUUUAAGUAAUAUAAGAAUUGCUUAUAAUUUUUUAAGUUCAAUACACAGUCGCAUAUUUUCUUAUAUGCCCGACUUAAGAAACUUAGAUUUAUCAUAUAACCGAAUCAAUAACUUAACUAAGCACAGUUUCACAAACUUACCCAACUUGAGAUAUUUAUCUCUUGCGGGUAACAUAAUCGAUUCGAUGGAAACUGAGACCUUUGCUAAUUUACCAAAACUGGAAAUAUUGGAGCUCCAAGGAAAUAACUUUACGUAUUUAUCACUUAACUCGUUCUACAAUGUUUCGCAUGCAGAUGUAACAUUCACGCUCAAUAUAAGCAGAAAUCACUUAAGACUUAUCGACGGAGAAUCCGUGAUUUCCGUAAAUAUAUUUGAUGGUUCAUACAAUGAAUUGCAUGAAGUGCCAAAUAAUUUAUUUGUUGCUGUGGAAUCUUCCAUACGACAUAUUAUAUUAUCUCAUAAUAAACUUUUUCAUAUUUCUAGCGAAGCUUUUGGGGAUGCUAUAAAUUUAGAGAUAUUAGAUUUACAUAAAAAUAAUAUAAACACAGUAAAAAGAAAAUCUUUUUCAGAUCUGCUGUCGCUUCAGAUUUUAGAUCUUUCUUUCAAUGUCAUAUCUCAAUUAUCCGUCGAACAAUUUUAUAAUUUGAAUAAAUUAAGAUAUCUCAAAUUAGAUCACAAUAAUAUAAGGCUUUUACCCAGAGACGUAUUUAAAAAUACUAUUAUAGAACAUUUGGAUUUAAGUUAUAAUGAUAUAUCUUUGUUUCCUGUCACUGCCCUAUCCCAAAUAGGAUUCACUCUAAGAUACUUGGAUUUAUCUAACAACCAUAUAGAAUAUUUAGACAGUAAUAUAUUUCGCAAUACGCAAUUCCUAUUAAAUUUAAACUUAGGUUCCAAUUUGUUGACUGUGUUAUCGGAUAACACUUUUUCAAGUCUUGGAGGUUUACGUUUACUGGACCUUAGCUCAAACUCUAUAAAAGCAAACUUUAAGGAGUUGUUUCACAACCUACCCAACUUGAGGCAUUUGAAUCUUGCAAAUGUAAGUUUAAAGUCAGUGCCUUAUCUACCUUUGACAAACUUAACUAGUCUCAAUUUAACUUCAAAUUACAUUAACAGUUUUAAAGAGACUGACGUGAAGCGGCUAGUGAAUCUUCGCCAUUUAGACAUUAGUCAUAAUCGUAUUACCUCUUUAGUGCCAAAAAUGUGGUAUCAUUUGAAUAAUUUAAACGUACUCGAUAUUUCAUACAAUCCUAUAGUAAGAAUUACGCCAAAUAGUUUCAAAUGGUUGAGCAACUUAUCUCAUUUAAAUUUAAAUGGACUUAAAUACUUAGACAUAGUUGACCAAGAUUCCUUCCGUCCCCUAAUAUCUUUGCGAGCUCUGCAUAUUCAGUCGUGGUCUACAAUAAAUCAUUCAACUUUCCGUUUAUCCAACAUCACAUUAUCACUUCCAUCUUUAUACAAAAUAGUGAUUCAAUGGACAGACGAUAUCAUGGACACCCAACUUCACGGAAUAGAUGCAAGAAACAUUCGCUAUUUAGAAAUAAGAGGUGCAAACCUAAAGAGAAUAACUGAUGAAGCGUUUGAACCUUUUGCAAGUGGUCAAGAGAUAUUUAUAAGGAUAACAGCAACAUCUUUGACAAAACUACCAACAGCGUUUAUGAAACACCUCGGACAAGUACCACAAUUGGGGAUCGACUUAAGUUAUAAUCAAAUUACGUCACUUAAUCCAGCUAUAUUCUAUCCAAACUUCACCAGUUGGAGCCAUGUAGCUACAAAAUUGCUUUCGGGUGGAUUAAUAUUAACUGGCAACCCUCUACACUGUGAAUGCGAAUUAGCAUGGCUUGGUGCUUGGUUACGUCGGUGGCUGCAAGAAAAUGAGGCAGGCACGGAACUAAGACGCGCGGUCCGAAGUGCUACCUGUAAGGACCAACUCGGCAGGCGGGUGCCUCUGUUGCAGUUGCGAGCAGACGAGGCCGAGUGUCACGCCAGUGCGCUCUCAAGCGACGCUCAACCGAAUUAUACAGACGUCGUUUAUACUCUUGUCGCAGCAUUUUGGACUUUAUUGCUCAGAUGAUACCCAUUACUAUAUAUCGAAUAAUUGUAUAAUACUUAGGUAAUAUUGCAAACUUGUACAUAAAUGUUUUAUUCACAAGGUCUACUUUUAAAGAACUUUUACAAUUCGAACAGACUGUAGUUGAAUAGAAUUUUGUACACCAUACAAUUAAUUAAACGAUUAAAAUAUGUAGGUAAGUAAACCUAUUAGAUAUCGAUAGUAAUUUUAUGUCUAAUUUAAUAAAGUAUUUCUAUAAGGUACGUGUUAUCUUGUAAGGUCACGUAAAAUCUAAAGAAUACCUAUACUUUUUGUUUUCUUUCUAAUUUACCACUCUAUAACAAUUUGUUUUUAUCUCAUGCUAUUGUUUCUUGGUAGGUUUCGUUGACAUUGUGAAUUGUAAUUAUUUUGUAUGUCCUAUGUAAAUAUUGUACAGAAGUAAAUAUUUUUCCAAAAUAUUAUCUGCAUUUUCAAUUCCGGCUUCAAUGAAAUUGCUCAUACAUGAAUAUCAAGAAAUGUUUCAUCACGCCUUUAAUAAUUUUCAAGACACCGUUUAGCUGGAGCGGGACUUUGUGAUUUCAACUGUACAUGCCGCUGUAAUAUAAUUUGCUUUGUGAUUUCAUCACCAAAUGUUUGCUGGAGCGUCCUCCGU